UUUUUCUGGACAAUACCUUUCUUCUCUGUCAGCUUCUAAAUUUUCAUCCAAGUUUAACUUUUCUGGGUAGAUAUGGGCUUUUCUAUUCUGGGUUCUUUCAUGUUUACUUGAAUAUGUUCUUGUAAUCUUGUUUGUUUGUUUGUUUGGGUAAAGUUUAGUUUUUUAUGGAAUUGUUGAUAUGUGAAAUGGUGGUGGAAGAAAGUGAAUUGCUUAGGUUGAAGUUUGCAUUGUGGGUUUAGUCUCUGAUGCUUAAGAAACAUGGAAUGUUAUGCUCGAUGCCUAUGAUUUGGCUUAGUUGAUAUCCCUGGAGUAAAAGUACAUGCAUGUGUUGAAUUUGGUGGUUUCAUACCUUGAAGUUUGAGCUGUGAUCAAUGGAAAACAGCAACAAGAGUAAAAUGGGUGAUAACAGCUCUUGUUCCGACAGCAAUAUGAUGAAGAAACCAGAUGGCCAUAAGACCUGUUUUACUAAAGAUGUCAUGCCUGGAAGUGAACUUUGGACAGAUGGCCUUAUCUGUGCAUUUGAGUACAUUAGAGGACAAAAGAAACCAAGCGGUUUAAAAUCUGGAUCAACAACUGUAAACAGACAACAUACAGGAGGUGGUGACCAUGAGAAGCUGCAUGUUCCUUCUAAAGGAUUUCAAGAGACUUCUUCCCCAAUACAUGACAGGAACAAGUCCCUAAGUGGUGAUUACAAAUACAGCCCGGUUCAUGAUGGUGAAAGAGAGGGUGGGCAUUGGGUGCCAAUUGGGUGGACUAGAAUUUCUGAAAUCGUUCAAACUGUGCAAGCUAAUGCCGUUUGGGGUUCUGAGGAGUUUGAGAUGGAUGAUGAAGAUGACUUUACUGUUGCAGACUUAGCAGCUCCAUAUUGGGAGCGUCCAGCAGGGCCUGUAUGGUGGUGCCAUGUUUCUGCAGGUCACCCCUCAGUUGAUGCUUGGCUCCGUAAUGCCCAGUGGCUACAUCCUGCCGUCAGUUUGGCUUUAAGGGAUGAAAGUCGACUAAUUAGUGACAAAAUGAAACACCUUCUUUACGAGGUCCCAGUUAGAGUUUCUGGGGGGUUGUUAUUUGAGCUCUUGGGACAAUCAGCUGGCGAUCCAUUCGUUGAUGAGGAUGAUAUCCCCAUUGUACUUCGUUCCUGGCAAGCACAAAAUUUCCUUGUAACUGUUUUGCAUCUGAAAGGCCCUGUAUCAAGUAUAAAUGUGUUGGGUAUUACAGAAGUUCAGGAACUUCUUUCCACUGGGGGCUAUAAAGUACCGAGAACAGUGCAUGAAGUCAUUGCACAUUUAACUAGCCGCCUUACGCGAUGGGAUGAUAGGUUGUUCCGCAAGUCCAUAUUUGGUGCUGCAGAUGAGAUUGAAUUAAAGUUCAUGAACAGGAGAAACCACGAGGAUCUGAAUCUGUUUAGCAUAAUACUGAACCAAGAGAUCAGAAAGUUAUCGCAACAGGUCAUCAGAGUAAAGUGGUCUCUUCAUGCAAGGGAGGAGAUUGUGUUUGAGCUUCUUCAACAUUUGAGAGGAAAUGCAACAAGAAGCUUGUUGGAUCAGAUAAGAAAGGGCACAAGACAAAUGAUUGAGGAGCAAGAAGCAGUUCGUGGCCGCUUGUUUACCAUUCAGGAUGUGAUGCAGAGUACUGUUCGCGCAUGGUUGCAGGAUAGAAGCCUUAGAGUGACACAUAACCUUGCUGUGUUUGGUGGCUGUGGCCUUGUUCUUUCUAUCAUCACUGGGCUUUUCGGUAUCAAUGUUGAUGGUAUCCCUGGAGCAGACAACACCCCAUAUGCCUUCGGUCUAUUUACAGGCAUUCUCUUCUUUAUUGGAAUCGUUCUGAUUAUACUUGGGUUGCUUUCCCUCGGGUUGAAACAGCCUAUUGCUCUUGAGCAAGUCGAAGUUAGAAAGUUGGAGCUUCAAGAGUUGGUUCAGAUGUUUCAGCAUGAAGCAGAGACUCAUGCCCUGGUUCGUAAAAAUGUUGCCCGCAAUAACUUACCCCCAACUAGGGGUGAUGCAUUCGCAAGUGGUGCGAACUAUGUUCUCAUUGAAUGAGGUUACAAUUUGAAAGUAAUGUUUACACCAAUGGCUUGAACCUCGUAGUUUCAUGUUGGAAGGAAAUAU